CCCCAACUCCUUCGUCGAUACCCACUUCAUCUGUCCAUGCUCAGCAUGCAUACCAUCACGCUCUUUUACCUCUUUCUAUUAGCGUCCACCGCCUCGGUUAUCGCGCAGUACAGUGCGACUUAUCUCCCCUCCGAUGCACCACCUCAAUCAGAGGACGGACAGUCCGGAACGAAUCAGUGUGGAGGAGGCUCGAAUCAGACCAGCCUGUGUCAGAAUGCAUAUAUCAAUGGUGUUGAUGAUUUCUGCCUUUGGGCACCACCCGACACGACAUAUCAAGGCGUGCCGUCAUCCAUCGGACAGACGGAGCGAAUCGAAGUGGCAUGGUGCAUGCGCUCUGGUUACGGUACUCGCCUAAUUCCAAAUGGUGCUAUCACAGGUGCCCAUUUCAUCCAGACUCCCAACUAUGUCCAAAUCCUUGGUUCCGGCGACAUGACCAAAUUGAACCUGCCGUCUGGUGACGAUGGAGGAGAGCUUGAUCCACAUGGUGCAGACGGUCUCGGGAACCCAAUCGGUGGACUUGUGUUUGGGACGAGCUUCGGUGUACUGCAGCAGUAUCAUGAGUGGACGAACUUCAUGUGGUAUGGCGGCUUCUGCUUCAGAGCUUGUGUAGAUGGGCCAGAUGCGUCUGUAUACUGCAAUCAUAUUUACGACACCCUCGGCUGCGGUUGGAAUAUGCCAGGAAAUUAUUCCUCGGGAGUUUUCGAGUCAUGCCAAGCAGACAAUACCGAACCAAUGGGCGUCUAUGUCAAUGAUGGAACAACUAGUACCUUCUUCCAGGGUCAACCCUCCACCCCAGACGCACAUACACCUGCGCCCUCAAGCAACUGCCAAUUCAUGGCCACGAUCUCGAAUGAGGCUGCUCUCCCUGCAACAGCGACAUUUCUCCCCAGCAACGCGAGCGUCAGCAGCGUGGGAACCAGUAGUGGGGCGAGUCCAAGUGGAUCGACCAACAACGGAGCUGCUGCCACUACUAGCGGGAGCGCCAGCCCGUCUAGUGCCGGCCAUAGUGGUGCCGCCCGUGUCCUUCCUUCAGGCGAUGCGGGUAUGCUUGUCUUCUUGACCGCUGCUGCUGGGUUGCUGGGUGCCUUUGUCAUUCUGUAACAGCUACCUACUAUACAGAUUGCCCCACGAGGACCGAGAGGGCAAAAACAAUGCAGGAAGGAACAUACAAGCCCUUAUUACUUGCCAAGAACUGCCCUGAUCACUUUAUCCAUCCAUGACUGUGGUUUCCCCUUCAUUACUAAUACUCCUGUACCUGUUAUCCUCGUCCUGUUGUUGUUGUCUGAUUUCAC